AUGUUUUUGAUAAAUACAAUUAAGGGAAUCUUUCAUUACGAUGAGGACGGAAACAAUGACGCAGCAGGGGGAAAGGAAAAUAAAAAUAAAAAUAAAAGGGUUCAUAUUAGUGAGCUGAAGGACGAAGUGUGGUUAUACAAAAAUGAGGAUAAGGAGCGCCUAAGUGAAGACUACGCUAGUGAAUACGAAGAUGGGAGCAUUUAUAAUGAGGAAGGUGGAGAAAAGCCAAAGGAACAUUUUUUAGAGGUGCCGCUAUUCGAUGAAGACGAAUGUGGACGGAUCAUCCAAAAGAAUUUGAGGCACCUCCCGAGCAGGAAAAUAAAAGCAAUAAAAAAAAACGAAGAGUCUGAAGUUAGCGAAGAAAGUCUAAGUACCACCGAUGAGGAAGAAGACAUGGAAGAGCCUUUCCUUGACCUGUACGAGGAAUUAAAGAGAGAACAAAGCGUAAAGGAGUUCUACAACCCGAUGCUGCGGCCCAGAUUGUGGCGCUUUGAAUUUUUUAUAAAAUAUAUUCAUAACUUGGAAAAUCAGUUACAUAGAAACUUUUACUUAGUAUCCUUCGGAAAUACCAAGAAACUGAAACUGUACGGAGACAUGCAGAAGGAGGUGCUGUACACGCCUGGGUAUUCAAUAGAACCGGGGGAGAUCAAGUACUUGAAGGUUCCACUGCCCAUCUGGGCGGAAAAGGAGUUGAGCAUAUCCUACGAGGACUUGCAGAACUUCGAAGUGGUCAUUGAAAUGUGGUGCAUAAAGGGGUUUACAUUCAAUGAGCUGUGCGCCUCGUCCAAGAAAACCUUGAAAGAGGUCAUUGAAAACGACCCCGACACGAACGUUAUCCUGAAGCGGAAAAUCGAGAAAAAGAACAUCACUUUUGAGACGCAGAGUUUGGGGGUGUACAUGCAGCUAUCAGAAAUCUUCGAGUUCCACAUGGCCCUUGACAGCUGGUGGUUCAUAGCAAAUUCAGAAAUGCCGAAUUACUUAAAAACCUUGCCGAAAUUUUUGCGUUUCAAAUUUCCCCUAAGUGAAGACGACUGGGUCAUUCACAGCUCGCACAAAUCGCAGAACAACUUUUGGCUUUACCCGGGGUAUUUCUGCUUCAUUGGUACUUACCAUCAAUUGGCCAAUGCCUUUUUCAUCCUCACGGUAUUGUCCCACAACACUAGCUAUAGAUACAAGCCACCCAUCCUGCUUGGGUCCUGCAUCAUAUCCUUAAAGUCUGUGACGGAGCAUCCGUUUUUCAAAGGAACUGUGAAAAAGCUGACACUGGACAAGACGAAAUUCAGGCAGGGCGAAAUUGUAGGGAAUAUCAAAUGCUUUGUCAACAGCUACGGUAUAGAGGAAGGAGACAUUCCUGUGCAGAGGCCCGUCCAGCCUCUCAGUGAUGCAACGUUGGUGAAUCAGCUCCUUUUGAACGAACACUACUUGGUGAUCAGAGUAAUAAAAUGUGAAAAUCUAGCCAUCAGCAGCAUCGACCUGAAUAACGUGAAUAUAAACGUAUGGGUGAAGUGGGACGGAAUAGUCAACAAAACGGACACCGUGUCGAAGAGCACUUCCCCUUUUUUUUAUCAAAAUUUGUAUUUCCCCAUUCGGCUAGUAGAUAAAAAGGAGCUAACGCAUGAGAGUUUGAUAAAAAAUGUGUUGCCAGUGGACUUGAUUUCAAAAGGGGAAAUAUGUUUUGAGGUUCAUAACAACAAUGAAAUACAUUCCACCAUUUUGGGGAUCUUCGAGCUCCCCUUCGCGGAUAUUUUUAACUACGGUACGCCAGAUUACCGUUCCUUGGCUCAGGAAGCCUCCCAAAGCAUCUCCCCCUACAACGAUUACAAGGACAACUACGACGCAACAAAUGAGGGGAUGGACCUUUCGAGCGACAACUAUGAUGACUACUACGUGAGGAAGUAUAAAACCAUCGUGUAUAAGAACACUUUAGAGUUGAUGUACUCUACGCUUCACUUGAAAGCGUUGAACAUGGAAAGCGUACAGACGAAGAAGGAGUCGACCAUUUCGGUGGAGGCCUUUGUUAUCCCUCCAUUGCCCAGUGGCUUGCUCUUUAUAGAGAAGGAAAAAAUUCAGAACGCUUCGAUGAUAUAUAAGUCCAUGUCAAAGAGGUGGGAGAGGGACUUCUCCAAAUUCAAGGAUACCUACAUGCAGUGGUUUCCCCGGGCGGAUAAAAAUAGGAGUUUUCCCUGUGUGAGCAGAAACGAGUUUGACAGUAAUUACUAUCCCCUGUGUAGCUUUGUCACUUCGAUUAAUUUGCCUGCCCAAGUGUCCACUCCUGGUCCUCUUUUCCAUUGGCUGAACAACAUAGAGUACAUUGAGAACGAAGACGAGUCGUCUAUUUUUACCCCCCCGUAUUUCUUUCUGUCCUAUAAGAAGGGUACCAUACAAGAUCACGUCCUGCUGCUGUGUUGUUGUUUGAAGGGUUUGGAGUACGACGCCUAUGUGUGUAAAGGCACAAUAAACAACGGGAAGAAGAACCAUUACUGGGUCAUGACGAGGCACGAAGACGGAUGGGUAUGUUUCUGGGAAGUUACGAACAAGUGCAUUAUCCAUUUGAAGAGAAGAUGGAACAAUAACAAAUCUUCAAUGGAUCCAGAAGUGAACAUUCAGAAGGAAAUUAUGAACAAGGUGGUGGAUGACAGCAACAGAGAAAAGUAUUACACAGGGGAAUAUUUAAUGAACUUUGUUAGAUACGGGUUGGAGGAAUUAAAAAAGAGGGAGAAAGAAAUCAAGGAGGAAUACGACAUGAAGGAAGAAAAUAAACUGUACACUAUGGACCUGUAUGGAGAGAAUCACAUGAAGGAUGAAAAAGUAAACGUAAAUGAAAUUCUUUUCAACGAUGACGAACUUUUCAAUAAUAUGUUCGAAGUAAAGUUUGAAAGGAAUGAGACGUACAGUUCUACUAAGGCGUUAAAAUAUUUGUUGGAAAAUUUUUCAAAAAAUAUUCCCAUUGCUCCAAAGAUGUUUCUUCUGGAUUAUGAUAAAACCUUAGCUUAUGUGCCUUACUCAUCCAUCGAGGUCGUUUUCAAUGAUGAGCAGUUGUAUGGUAACAUGCAGAACCACCAUCCCGCAUGCAUUCUGUACGAUCUGGAGAACAAUUACCACUGGCGCCCCCUUUUGAACCACUCCCCCGUGCCGAUCAAGAGUGAAAUUACGAUAUCGACUCCGUUGAGUGACAGGCUUUCCGAGAAGUACACCAAGGAUCUGGAGGAGGAAAUUCAGGAAAUGAUACUCUUCAUGAGGACCAAGGAAGGAUUGGAAACCUCCUUUGAGCAUUCCAAGGAGAUUAGACAUUUCUUAGAAAUGUAUAUUGACCUAUGUGAAUAUAAGCUUAACUUAGAUAAUAAUUACAACACGAAGCCAGAGAAUUAUGAGAGUACAGGGGGGAAUGAUCCUCAGGGUGUCCAGAAAAACUCAGGUGCAGAAGCGGCAUAUGCAUCCCCCACAACACGUGUAGGAUGCGUUGAGAAGGGAGGAGAAAAUGAAGGAGACAAUAACCAAUUGAGAAGAACAUGGUCUCAAUACAAAAACGAUUAUUAUCCUAACAUUGAAGCACAGUACGUUAACAAGGAUAAUUUAAAUUUUUAUCAGACUUACCACCCAAGUAAAGAAAUUGGCAUGAUAAAUGAAGAGCAGAAAAAGCACCUUGUCAAUAUUCCAGAGGAUUAUAUAUACGGGAUGAAUGAUGAGGUGUACAAUAAUGGGAAGGAGCAGUAUAUAAAGAACUACGUUUUUUGUAGGGACAACGCGGAUAUCCUAAGGAACUACGAUGACAGUGUGAAGAGGAAAAAUAUAAAACGGUUUAGCAAUGCACCUGUGCAUUACCAGGAGAGGACCCACCUGGAGGAAGAGUGCAGUGAUAAGGGGAAUGGAUCAAAUGGUUUAAAUGGUUUAAAUGUAUCAAAUGUUUUAAAUGUGUCAAAUGGUUUAAAUGUGUCAAAUGGUUUAAAUGGUUUAAAUGGUUUAAAUGUGUCAAAUGGUUUAAAUGGUUUAAAUGGUUUAAAUGGUUUAAAUGGUUUAAAUGGAUCAAAUGGUUUAGAUGGAUCAAAUGGGAAGGAUCCCCCAAUGGAGGGAGAGAUAAAAGGUGCCCCUACCCCCAGUGGAGAAGUCCCAUCAAGUGAAGCAAAUGAGGAAGAGGAGUUGUACAAAGAAAUCAAGGAGAAUUAUCACUACGAUGAGGAUGAAACGGAAGAGGAAGACAAAGCGAAGGAAUCGGAACGGCGACACUGCUCCAUUGAUCGAGAAGGUGUGCUAAACAAGUAUAUCAAGAAGUACAAUAAAAAGUAUGAUAAUCUGCUUAAGCUUCAGAAGAGUUUGAAGCAGAAGGAGAAAAAGAUAAAGGAAGAAAUGGUAAACGUUAAGUUGGGGGGGGAAUUCUUCCAACGUAGUCGGUUAGGUAGAGAAUCCUUCUUAAGCUAUGUAGACACGAAAGCAUUUUUGAAGAGCACCUUGGGAGGAGAAAAACAUACAAAGGGGGUUAAUAAGUCAGUGCAUGAUAGAGGGUGCGUUAAAUGUGAUCAUUUGUUUAAUGGCUACCUGAUUAUCCCCUCGAAGGGAGACCAUUCGGGAUACGACACUCAUGAUAACUGGAAUGGUGCAGUGACACAGUGGAGCAGAAGAGGAGGUGACGGAGUGGGUCGAACGUAUCGCCUGAACAAACCAUACAAGGGUCGUAGAAACAUCGUGCUGAGGAGGUCACAUACCAGUCGGAAGAAGAUACGCGAAUUAGUUGCCCAGUAUGAAGAAGGAUAUCACAUGAAGAAGAUGGAAAGAAACAUGCUUAAGUUAAAAAUGGCCUUAUUAAAACGUAGGAUUAGUGGAAAAGGGGAAAGAAGAAGAGGAGAUUCACGCUUUGACAGGCACCCAUUCGUUAUUGGGAAGAACAAGGUGGAAGAAAGAAAAAGAAAUUUCACUUCGUCGCCUGAUAGAGAAGAAAUAGGCACGUUACACAGGAGAAGACUGUUCAUUUGCCAGAGCCACCAUCAGAUGUACGCGGACCAGAAAUUCCUCGACAUGGACAGCAAUCCGAUGGUGCAAAACUGUUACACAUAUAAUAACGGAAAUGAUGUGUUACAUGGGAAGAACUUCCAGGGAACCUUGUAUGAAAAUAUGAAGGAAAAAAAUGCAAACGAAAGAUUGGGAGGUAAUGUAAACACUCAAACUGGUGUGGGGAAUCUACAAGGACAAACUGAAUCAAAGGAAAAGGCAUCCACAGCGAUCCCUCCAAAAACCUGGAGCAGAUUAGACUCCACGUCUAAGUAUGUUUCUCAUCAGAUUUCGCAGUGGAACUGGUAUUACUCAUUGGAGGAGCAGUACUUCAACUGGCAGUACUACAAAUUCCCUGUGCCACCGAACCACACGUUCGUUGGGUUCCCGAUUCAUUUUUCGACCAUCGAUUUCUACGAAGUCAAGUCAUUCUUGCUGCACUCCAAGCGAUUCGAGAACAUAAUGAAGCUCUCCAUAGACAACAUCUCCUUCCUCAUAUAUUGUAAAGUGUUCCCCUUAAUUGGGGGGAUAAUGUCCAACUGGAUGUUCCUUGGCUGUUUGGUGCCUUGGAUGACUGCACAGGAGAGGGAAACCAAAAUGAAGAAGCCCCCGAAGAAGGACGUCAAUCAGAGGUAG